UACCGUUGUGACGUGCACCGUAGCGGCCGGCAUACAGCACUGUAAGGAGUAAUUGCGUAUGUAUAUAGAAACAACUCACUCAGGACGCUUUGCGAAUUCUUACAGGGAAUUGAAGUAUAUAAGUAUAUGCGCAAACCGUCUUUCUAACUUUAAUGGGGCUUUAUUUUCACUCGGGUUCGACCUGAUAGCCAAAGAAUUCCAUACACACCUAACACAUUCACUCAGCUCAUUCGAUUGGGGUGAACGUUCGACAAUAUGGCGAUGCCCGAAAAAGCACCGCGCGACUAUAACAGUGUGAACGGGCUACUCAACUCGAUGACUAAAACCGAGUUAACUAUCAUACUAGACUUUUUACGAGAACGCAAAUCAGGGAACAAACCACUGUUGGUAGACCGUAUAAAGCAAUGGCUACACAAUGAGAAGUGUACUAGCGGGGAAAACGGAGAGAACUGGAUUAGGGUCACCGAGUUGAUGUACAACACGCUUGCGCCGCGGAGGGGGAAGGCGCAGGUACCACUGACGUAUAAUGAUGGAGCUAGUAGUAUAAGUAGACGUUCCACCAGCGCUGGGCCGCAGAGACAGUCACACUCACACAACGCCGCGAUCAGGGCAACCUUACCAUAUGGUAGACCUGGCAGUAUAGGUUACAACACGUAUGGUAAUAACAAUAUCCAGCCUCCACAUACAUACCCGAAUAAUCCACAGGCAAAUUCGCAUUCACAGUUAAAUCCACAACUAUACCCCGCCAGUGGGGCGACCACAGGCACUACAGCGUCACAGGGGUUACAAACCAAGUUCACCGUAAACCCAUUCUUCAGACCUCUGAGAGAACUUUGUCCACCGACCAGGCUGAGUGGUUCUGGGAGCAGUGCGAAUAUCACACUGAUGUUCAGGUUAAGCAGCGUAGAAAGAGCCUCCUUUAUGGAGCUGGACUAUAGGGUUAUUAUUAGAUCUUGUACGGAACAGGCGCCGCCCGGGGUCGGCAGCGGUGAGCCGAGAAAGGGCUACUUCGAUGCCGAUGUUGCUCGUAUUUUUGUAAUAGCGGGAUGCUAUGUAGGCUUGUGCUUGGUGGGGAAAAGUAAAUGGGCUCUGUACGUGUAUGUGUAUGGUUGA